AGGGAGAAAUAUUCUGUGUUGGUUACGAUUAUACUUUUGAGGAUUUUAUACUCCACAAAUUGCUUUUUGUCCCCUAAAAUUCCAAUAGCAAUAAAAAAUAUUUAUACUAGUUCAUCAACGUUCGUUCUAGAAAUACAUACGAGUAUAUACUUUUUUGACAAAGAGAAAAUAGCCUUUAUUGACAAGAAUCAAGCCAAAUCUUUUUACAUACAUCUAUUCACGCUGAAAUAAAUAUUUCACACAGUACCUAACAAAAUAUUUAGGUUUUAGGAUAUGGAGCAAAAAACUUCUCUUAGUUACUUAAGUUUAGUAUUUUUUUCGACUAUGAGUUUGACAAUCAUUAAGUACGGCUAAUUAUUUGUUUAAUUGCAAAAGCUCUGUUGAAAAUCAAUCAAACAUCCCUAUUUUUGAACCCGUUAAAAGCAGUUAAGUGUAGCACCCUUUAGACUUCAACAAGAUCAACACGUGUCCCUGAGUAUUUACUUACACCUAAGUUUUGCAACAAAAUAUUACAUUAGCUGGGGUACCUCUUUCCCACAGCAGACGUUCCGUUGCAUUAUUUGCACACCGCUUAUGUAUGAACACUGAUUUCUCCGUUUACAAUUACCAUUUUAAGAAUGGUCCCACCUAGCCCAGAUAACCUAUCGGCGUUACCUUCCUUCAUUGUCAAAGUGCAUUCAGACCAACACUGACAUGAUGUGAUUGCAAUAAUUAAGAACAAUUGUUAGUUAACAAUGUGAUUUGUAGAUUUGAACCAUGUUUAGUUAUAGUGUGAUUACGGUUUUACUAUUUUUGGUUUCUGUUAUGGCUACUAGAGUUGUUGAAGGAUCUCAACCAGUACUACAAAAGACAAUAGAAGCAUUAUUCAAAGACAGAACUCAAGUGAUACAUCCUGGAACAUGCAAGUUGAUACGAUCUUCGCCUCGACAAGCGAAAAUGUGCAGCAGAGAAGCCAGUCUAACUAGCAUUCUGACGAAGGCAAAGGAGCAGGCCAUACAUGCGUGUGAAGAAGCCUUCUUCUACGAUCGAUGGAACUGCUCUCUAGUAUUUAAUAGAAAAGAAAAAAAGAGUAUUUUUAAUAAAAUUUAUAGAGAAACUGCUUUUGUACAUGCCCUCACUGCAGCUUCUAUAACUCAUGCAGUAGCAAGAGGAUGUGCUUCUGGAGACCUCACAAGGUGUUCCUGCCAAGGAAAUUUUCGGAAAAACUCCUCAGAAUGGAAAAGAAACGGUUGCGGUGACGAUUUCAAGUACGGAAAACGGAUCUCAAGGAACUUUCUGGACUUCAAACACGCGGGCACUGAUCAAAUCGCUGAGAUCCUCAAACAAGAUGUCGUUAUAGGUAUCAACUCCAUCGGAGAGCAAAUGAAAGAAGUCUGCAAGUGCCAUGGCUUUUCCGGAUCCUGUACCACUAAAACCUGCUGGAAGAGGUUAGGGCCUUUUAACUCCGCUAUGGGCGUUCUUAAAAAGCAUUAUCACCACGCCGUGAAGAAGAAGUUGCUUAACUACACGACAAAGAGAGCUAUAGCGCCUAAAAUAAGACGUAAAAUGAAUAUUGAUAAGAACAACUUGGUGUAUCUUCAAAAGACGCCUAAUUUAUGUGUGAGCACGAGGGGUAGGGUGUGUCGGGAUCGCGACAAUUGCGCGACAUUGUGUUGCGCGCGGGGGUACUUGACGACCAAGAAGCCGGUGAGCUCUAGGUGCAGGUGCAAGAUGGUGAAUUGCUGCAUUGUCAAGUGUGAUACUUGUGUCAAGGACGUGGACGUUUAUACGUGUAAAUAGAGUGCAAUGUCUGAUAUUCUUAUGGUGAGAAUUUGCAUUUAAUAGAAAGUAAUGACAAUGCUCCAUUGAAGUCAAAAUGAAAUGAAUAUACGAUACGUGUGGAGCUUCUCUUUUUAUUAAUUAUUUAUUUAUGGUUUUGUGUAAAUCUUUUACUUUAUUGAUCACGUUGUGUUUUAUAAUUAAAACUUUUUAGUUUACUAGAACGAAUCCAAUAUCUUACAAACUGUAGAUGUACUUACCUAUCUAUAUUUAGUAUAUUUAAAACCUAGAUUUAUCAUAUUUAUUAUAAGCUCAACAAACGUCUCAACAAAUUUAGAGUUCAGGGGGGCGAUUUUUGAAUUUGUACUGCUCGAUUUCGUUCAAUAAUAUCUCAUCUACUAGUUUUAAAUUCUACUAAUAGAAUUGAAAAAGAGUUAUCAAGAAAUACCACUCGAUUCCGAAUUUCUAUUGCUCCUAUUUUU